UCUUCGGCAGAAAGAGAAGAGGAAAACACAGAGCCUAGAACUGAAUGUGGGGACUUUGAAUGUUGGGACUAUGACAGGAAAAUCUCGGGAGUUGGUUGACAUGAUGAUUAGGAGAAAGGUUGAUAUAUUGUGUGUCCAGGAGACCAGGUGGAAAGGCAGUAAGGCUAGAAGUUUAGGGGCAGGGUUUAAAUUAUUUUACCAUGGUGUAGAUGGGAAGAGAAAUGGAGUCGGGGUUAUUUUAAAAGAAGAGUUGGCUAAGAAUGUCUUGGAGGUGAAAAGAGUAUCAGAUCGAGUGAUGAGGCUGAAAUUUGAAAUUGAGGGUGUUAUGUGUAAUGUGAUUAGUGGCUAUGCCCCACAGGUAGGAUGUGACCUAGAGGUGAAAGAGAAAUUCUGGAAGGAGCUAGAUGAUGUCGUUCUGAGCAUCCCAGACAGAGAGAGAGUCGUAAUUGGUGCAGAUUGUAAUGGACAUGUUGGUGAAGGUAAUAAGGGUGAUGAAGAAGUGAUGGGUAAGUACGGUAUCCAGGAAAGGAACUUGGAGGGACAGAUGGUGGUAGACUUUGCAACAAGGAUGCAAAUGGCUGUAGUGAACACUUUUUUCCAGAAGAGGCACGAACAUAGGGUGACCUACAAGAGCGGAGGUAGAAGCACACAGGUGGAUUACAUCUUGUGCAGACGAUGUAAUCUGAAGGAAGUUACCAACUGUAAGGUAGUGGUAGGGGAGAGUGUGGCUAGACAGCAUAGGAUGGUGGUGUGUAAGAUGACUCUGGUGGUGGGGAGGAAAAUUAGGAAGACAAAGGCAGAGAAGAGAACCAUGUGGUGGAAGCUGAGACAGGACGAGUGUUGUGCAGCUUUUCGGGAAGAGGUGAUACAGGCUCUCGGUGGACGGGAAGAGCUUCCAGAAGACUGGACCACUGCAGCCAAGGUGAUCAGAGAAGCAGGCAGGAGAGUACUUGGUGUAUCUUCUGGCAGGAAAGGAGAGAAGGAGACUUGGUGGUGGAACCUCACAGUACAGGAAAUCAUACAAGGAAAACGGUUAGCUAAGAAGAAGUGGGACACUGAGAGGACCGAGGAGAGGCGAAAGGAAUACAUUGAGAUGCGACACAGGGCAAAGGUAGAGGUGGCAAUGGCAAAACAAGAGGCAUAUGAUGACAUGUAUGGCAGGUUGGACACUAAAGAAGGAGAAAAGGAUCUAUACAGGCUGGCCAGACAGAGGGAUAGAGAUGGGAAGGAUGUGCAGCAGGUUAGGGUGAUUAAGGAUAGAGAUGGAAAUAUGUUGACUGGUGCCAGCAGUGUGCUAGGUAGAUGGAAAGAAUACUUCGAGGAGUUGAUGAAUGAGGAAAAUGAUAGAGAAGGGAGAGUAGAAGAGGCAAGUGUGGUGGACCAGGAAGAGGCAAUGAUUAGUAAGGGGGAAGUUAGAAAGGCAUUAAAGAGAAUGAAAAAUGGAAAGGCAGUUGGUCCUGAUGACAUUCCUGUGGAGGUAUGGAAGCAUCUAGGAGAGGUGGCUGUGGAGUUUUUGACCAGCUUGUUCAAUAGAAUUCUAGUGCGUGAGAAGAUGCCUGAGGAAUGGAGGAAAAGUGUACUGGUGCCCAUUUUUAAGAACAAAGGUGAUGUGCAGAGCUGUGGCAACUAUAGAGGAAUAAAGUGGAUGAGCCACACAAUGAAGUUAUGGGAAAGAGUAGUGGAGGCUCGACUCAGGACAGAAGUGAGUAUUUGCGAGCAACAGUAUGGUUUCAUGCCGAGAAAGAGUACCACAGAUGCAUUAUUUGCCUUGAGGAUGUUGAUGGAAAAGUACAGAGAAGGUCAGAAGGAGCUACAUUGUGUCUUUGUAGAUCUAGAGAAAGCCUAUGACAGAGUACCCAGAGAGGAACUGUGGUACUGCAUGCGGAAGUCUGGAGUGGCAGAGAAGUAUGUGAGAAUAAUACAGGACAUGUACGAGGGCAGCAGAACAGCGGUGAGGUGUGCUGUCGGUGUGACAGAAGAAUUUAAGGUGGACGUGGGACUGCAUCAGGGAUCAGCCCUGAGCCCCUUCCUUUUUGCAGUGGUGAUGGAUAGGCUGACAGAUGAGGUUAGACUGGAAUCCCCGUGGACCGUGAUGUUUGCAGAUGACAUUGUGAUCUGCAGUGAAAGCAGGGAGCAGCUGGAGGAACAGUUAGAAAGAUGGAGGCAUGCACUGGAAAGAAGAGGAAUGAAGAUUAGCCGAAGUAAAACAGAAUAUAUGUGCAUGAAUGAGAGGGGUGGUGGGGGAAGAAUGAGGCUCCAGGGAGAAGAGAUGGCAAGGGUAGAGGACUUUAAAUACUUGGGGUCAACCGUCCAGAGCAAUGGUGAGUGUGGUCAGGAAGUGAAGAAACGGGUCCAAGCAGGUUGGAACGGGUGGAGGAAGGUGUCAGGUGUGUUAUGUGACAGAAGAGUCUCUGCUAGGAUGAAGGGCAAAGUUUAUAAAACAGUGGUGAGGCCAGCCAUGAUGUAUGGAUUAGAGACAGUGGCACUGAAGAGAAAACAGGAAGCAGAGCUGGAGGUGGCGGAAAUGAAGAUGUUGAGGUUCGCUCUCGGAGUGACCAGGUUGGAUAAAAUUAGAAAUGAGCUCAUCAGAGGGACAGCCAAGGUUCGAUGUUUUGGAGACAAAGUUAGAGAGAGCAGACUUCAAUGGUUUGGACACGUCCAGAGGAGAGAGAGGGAGUAUAUUGGUAGAAGGAUGAUGAGGAUGGAGCUGCCAGGCAAGAGAGCUCGAGGAAGACCA